GUGUACAAAUCAAAGUAAGCUGCGAGUUAUUUAUUACAUUUUUGUGCAAAUUGCUGUUUAAAAACGCUUCAAAAUUGAUAAAAAGAUGAGUGAAAUUACAUCUGAUAAAUUUGACAAGUUUAAGGAAGUGUAUCUCAUGGAGCAGCAUCGCAUUGAUAGUUUUGAAAAGUGGCCGUAUGAUGAAACUUCAUCAUGCAGUAUUACAAAAAUGGCUGAAGCUGGUUUCUAUUGGACGGGUAACCGAAAUAAAGAAGAAGACGAUGCCGCUACAUGUUUCGUCUGUAGCAAACAAUUGCAUGGUUGGGAUCCCACCGAUGAUCCCUGGAAGGAACAUAUCAAACAUGCACCUCAGUGUCAAUUUGUUAAAUAUGGUCAUAGAGAAAGUGAAUUGACGUUGGAAGAAUUCUUAAAUAUACUCUCGGCUGUGCUUCGUAAUAAAUUGAUGAAAUGUAUGAAUGCUGUGAAGACUCGGUUUAGUGUUUUGUCCUCUGCGGAAUUAGACAAGUAUAUAGCAGAAAAAAAAAUCGGAAAGUGCAUACAUUAGCAAUAAUUUUUUUAUCAUAAUCUUAGCAUAUAAUGACAUUUCUAUAUUGGUUUUAAUAAAAUAUAUAAAAUGUGAA